UUGCUGCACCGCGUGUAAGCCAGAGCAGAUCACAUCUAAAAAUUGUAUAAAUAGAUGUCCAUCGACAGCAACCACAAGCAUUGUGUAAGGAAUCUUGCCAAGAUGAAGACUAUUCUAUUCUUUGCGCUGCUGAUGUGCAUUUAUUUGUCCUGCACCUGGGCGCUACCACAACCUGGUAAUGCCGAAGAGCUGCAGCCAUCUGAGUCGAGGUGGGGUGGAGGUUGGGGCCGAGGUGGUGGCUAUGGAGGUGGAUGGGGAGGCGGAGGAGGUUGGGGACACGGAGGUGGCUGGGGACACGGAGGUGGCUGGGGCCAUGGCGGAGGUCGCGGGUACGGAGGUCACGGCUGGGGAAGAUAAAAUAUACGUCGACAUAAAACGCGAAAAUUUAUAUCCGAUAAUUAUUGACGAAAUUGUAUAAAAUUCUUCCGCAACAAUAUUAUAAUCUGUGAUUUGUUUUUAAUUCUAAAUAAAAAUUUGAAAUAAC